AGUGACGUCAGUGUGACGUGCGUCUUGAACUUGCGCAUGCGCAAUUAACACGUUCGCAAAGAUGGCGGAUCGAAGGGAGUCUUUGUGUGCAUCACCGGCUUACAAGCGUCCUCGUCUGGAAAACGACAGCAAUCUGCUUGGAUUGAGUAUACCAAAUGACGUAGUAAUGCCACCGGAGGAGUUUAAGCGACAGAAGUUUGCGUCGGAUGCGGCUAACGUUUCCGAGGUGACUUCGUCUAGCGAUGCCAACUCCGAGAUGUGCAACGGGGACUCCGGCUUCCACGAGCUGACUUCCACCAGCGGCGCUGACCUGCCAAACGGCGACGGGCUCUUUCCGGAGAACGACAACGUGGUGACAGAGGGUGUGGCCCAGGAGAGCCCCGCCUUCCUGGGAGCCCUGGGGUGCGAGGAGGAUGACGGGGCCUCGACCCUGAGCGAGCUGUCGGGGCUGUCGGACCUGUCGGAGCCGAGCAGCGGUUCAGAGUGGAAACCGAGCAGCGAGGGCCCCAUGGGCUGGGUGCAGCGGCAGAUGAGCCUCGGGGCAGACCCCCGGGCUCUGCUAGAGCGACUGCUGCCCGAGGGGGCCUUGGUGCCUCCCAGUCUGGACCGCCUCACCCUCUGGAGGAUCCUGGUGAGCGUGCUGAGCGAGGACGAGCCCCCCCGCCGGGCCAAGCUGCCCCACGUGAACACCCUGGACGACGUCGUGCACCUGCUACGCUCCUGCAGGCGCAUCCUCGUGCUCACCGGCGCAGGGGUCUCGGUGUCGUGCGGGAUCCCGGACUUCAGGUCGCGUGACGGCAUCUAUGCGCGCCUGAGCAAAGACUUUCCCGCGUUGCCGGACCCCCAGGCCAUGUUCGACAUCCACUACUUCCGCAAGGAUCCCCGGCCCUUCUUCAAGUUUGCUAAGGAGAUCUACCCAGGCCAGUUUUUGCCAUCUCCCAGCCACUGCUUCAUCAAACGCCUAGAGGAAAGCGGGAAGCUGCUGCGCAACUACACCCAGAACAUCGAUACCCUGGAGCAGAUGUGCGGCAUCCGUAAUGUCAUAACCUGCCACGGUUCCUUCGCGACGGCCUCCUGCACCAGGUGUCGCCACAAGGUUGACUGCCACACAAUCAAGGACGACAUCUUCAACCAGAGGAUCCCCCUGUGCCCCGAGUGUCCCCCGGGGGAGGAUGCCAUGGCCGUCAUGAAGCCGGACAUUGUGUUCUUCGGCGAGGGCCUUUCCCCGGAGUUCCACCAAGCCAUGGCCCGUGACAAGGCCGAGUGCGACCUGCUCAUUGUCAUGGGCUCCUCUCUCAAAGUGCGCCCAGUUGCCCUCAUCCCGAGCUCAAUCCCGGCGGACGUGCCCCAGAUUCUGAUAAACCGGGAGCCCCUGAAGCAUGUCACCUUCGACGUGGAGCUGCUUGGGGACUGCGACGUCAUCAUCCACGAGCUGUGUCACAGGCUCGGCUGGGAGGUGACGCCAGACGGGCAGCCCGCACUCACGCAGCUGGACUCUCUGCCCAGUUUGAGGGACUCGCUGGGGGCAGGGGGGGACGCCGUGGCACCCUGCAGCAGCUCUCCGGACGCAGCAGUGCCAGACUCUACGAGCGGAGAGGUGGUGGAGUGCUCCGUGGGCCCCGACCGGCCGUCCCAGGGCCCGUGGAAGCCCAGAGAAAGCGUGGCAGCCAGACUUCCAGGGGGCCACUUCCUGUUCACGCCUCCGUCGACGUACGUCUUCUCGGGGGCCGAGGUGUUUGUGGAGUCGGAGGACUCGGACUCUCCGUCCCCGGCCGAAGAAGAGUCGGACUCGUCCUUCAGCUCGGACGAAGAGGAGGAAGCGGCCGGGACGGGAAGCGCCAUGGAAUGCGAGGCCGCCGACCGCCCCCCCGUGGGACAGCAGGGGUCGCCUGGGAGGCAGGGCGAGGCCGAGACGGCACGUGGCUCCUGAGGCAUCCCCGGGUUCCCACACCCCCCGCCGGGGCACUGUACAUAGGCUAGGCUCAUCUCGUUCCCUCUUCCCCCGCGAGACCCCUCUCCUCCCGCCGGACGGAGGAAGCGUCUCUCGCCGCGCUCACUUUGUAAAUACGCUCAUUGUCACCAAAGUUCCCGGCUCCGUUGGACUCCCUCGGCGAGAAGAGCGCUCGACCCCGUUCCUGAAUCCGGCGUUGGCGUCUUCCCCGUGGCGCCUCGGCUCCCGUCGUUUCUUUACCCGCUUCUCGGCGCCGACUUCCUCCUCCCCCCGCGGCAGCAAUAACCGGCAAGCUCGGGGUGUCGGGCCCCCCCACGGAGACGGCGCGUAGCGUAGCAAUACCACUGGUUCGAGUAUGCACACCGCUAGACGGGCUUGUCCCGCGGCUCCCUCCCCCCCUGCCGGAUUCUCCGGACUUCCGAGGCCACGUUCUCAGUGGCAGGCCCUCUGCUGGCGUCGGGGCAGUGUGCAAUGGGUGCGUGCGAAGAGAAUCCUGCCAUUUUGGUGCCCCACUCGGCCGGUUUGCGUGGAAGCUCCGGCCAAACGAGGACGCCCGUUCCCCGUCGUAGACGGAAGCAACCAGCAAGGUCAGCCCGCAAAGUCGGCCCAACCUCUGCGCCUUCUUUGAACAGCUCUAUGCUACGGGCGGCGUUCGCCGGCUGCUUGGAUCCACGACGCUGCCGCAGAGUGCACGUUUUGCAGCGUCGAGAUUGUCAUUCGGAGCGACAGCCCGUUUUAAGCAAGUCCCACUCGUAACUCGCGAAUGUGUAAAUAGUUGUGGGCCGUUUCCUCGUGUCUUUGGUAUAAAGAGACCUUUUGGUGGUUCCUGUACAUAACUCCUUAUUUAUUAAAAAUUGUCUAGGAAAGGUUGCCUUUUUAUUUGAUACUUGAGAGAUUUAACAGUUGAGGUAAUUAGGCUUUGUAUGUGAACUGUGUCAGAUUGUUGUGUAUUUGAUGGUUUUAUGUGAAAAUACAAUGCUGUUACCUUUGCA